CAUGAACGGGACGGAGGGCCCGAACUUCUACGUGCCCUUCUCCAACAAAACGGGUGUGGUACGCAGCCCCUUCGAGUACCCACAGUACUACCUGGCUGAGCCAUGGCAGUUCUCCAUGCUGGCCGCCUACAUGUUCCUGCUCAUCGUGCUUGGCUUCCCCAUCAACUUCCUCACGCUCUACGUCACGGUCCAGCACAAGAAGCUGCGCACACCUCUCAACUACAUCCUGCUCAACCUGGCCGUGGCCGACCUCUUCAUGGUCUUCGGUGGCUUCACCACCACCCUCUACACCUCUCUGCAUGGAUACUUUGUCUUUGGGCCCACAGGAUGCAAUUUGGAGGGCUUCUUUGCCACACUGGGUGGUGAAAUUGCCCUGUGGUCUUUGGUGGUCCUGGCCAUUGAGCGGUACGUGGUGGUGUGUAAGCCCAUGAGCAACUUCCGCUUUGGGGAGAACCAUGCCAUAAUGGGCGUCGCCUUCACCUGGGUCAUGGCACUGGCCUGCGCUGCACCCCCCCUCGUUGGUUGGUCCAGUCUCUUGCCCCGUCCCCCUCUGGUGGUCAGGUACAUCCCUGAAGGCAUGCAGUGUUCAUGCGGGAUCGACUACUACACACUCAAGCCAGAGGUCAACAACGAGUCCUUUGUCAUCUACAUGUUCGUGGUCCACUUCACCAUCCCCAUGAUCGUCAUCUUCUUUUGCUACGGGCAGCUUGUCUUCACAGUCAAGGAGGCGGCAGCCCAGCAGCAGGAGUCAGCCACCACCCAGAAGGCUGAGAAGGAGGUCACUCGCAUGGUCAUCAUCAUGGUCAUUGCUUUCCUGAUCUGUUGGGUGCCCUACGCCAGCGUGGCAUUCUACAUCUUCACCCACCAGGGCUCCAACUUUGGCCCCAUCUUCAUGACACUCCCGGCGUUCUUCGCCAAGUCCUCCUCCAUCUACAACCCUGUCAUCUACAUCAUGAUGAACAAGCAGUUCCGGAACUGCAUGCUCACUACCCUCUGCUGUGGCAAGAACCCACUGGGUGAUGACGAGGCCUCCACCACCGCCUCCAAGACGGAGACCAGCCAGGUGGCACCGGCCUAAGCCCUGCCAAGGACUCUAUGGUCAACUGUAGGAGUCUCCCAUUCCCUAUGCCUACCCCCAGCCACAGCUGCCCCACCAGGAGCCAGGUCUGUUGGAACCAGGUUGCGCAGACUCCUUGAGUUAAAAAAAAAAAAAAAAAAAAAAAAAAAAAGAAUAACGAGAGAAAAAUGAGGCUCCCCACUCGACAAGUAUGGCCCGAUCUGGAGUCCUGAGUUCCCAGGGGCUGGUGGGAUCUCUGCCCCUCCUCUCCCCAACUCAUGUCUCAGGAACACAAGAACUCUUGCUCCCUGGAAAAGUGUCCCAGCUUAGGGAUAAGUGUAUAGCACAGAGUGGGGCACACAGUAGGUGCUUAAUAAAUGCUAGAUGGAUGAAGGAAGGAACGAAUGGGGGAAUGAAUGAAGGAAUGAAUGGGCAGGGAGAGCAUAUCUACCCUCUCAAAACCACCUUAGCUGCAGCUCACCCUCGGCUGAUGUCCUUGAACAGUUUCCCUCCCUGGGCCUCACUUUCUUCCCCCAGAAAAUGGAAACCCCAAAUCCUUGGUCCUGCCAACGCAUGGCUGCUGUGAAGAUCAAAUGAGAUUUUGAUCUCAUAUAUGUGUGUAUAUGUGUGUGUGUGAGUGUGUGUAAGCACUUUGUAAAUGGUAAGGAGCUGUACAGAUUGUAGUUAACAUUAUGAAUAACACCAAUUAAUAUAAUGAACUAAUAUGAUCAUCUCUUCUUGAUAGUGACCAUUUUGAGACUGGGCAAGGCCCUGAGCAUCCAGCCUCAGCAGGUUUUUUUUAAAUUUACCAGAUGUCAAGGCCAGACCAGGGCUGGUGGUCGGUCUGCAGAGAGGGACAGUCAAGGGAAUGCAGAAUACAGUCAUCUGGACUGAAAAAACAACGUCAGGGGACUGCAGUCUGGGACCAAGGCCCAGGGUCUCACCUCUGACGUGAACUCCCAGGCCCAGUGCCUCCCCUUCCUCAUGCAGCCUAGGGAGAGACAGGCCUUUCUCUCAGCUUCUGCAAACUACCUGCCCUCCUUCCCAGCCCCUAGGCCACAGCAACUCUAGGCCAGCAUGGAGCUGGGCCUAGAAGCCAUAUGCUAGGCUAGACUCUAGGCCAGCAUGGCCAUAUGCUAGGCCAGCAACUCUAGGCCAGCAUGAGCUAGAAGCCAUAUUCACCUGCCCACAUUUAAUGAAGAGCUGAGUCCCCAGUGGAACCCUUUUCUCAAAGAUCUCAGAAACAAAAAGUGAGAAAUUCAGAUGGGCCCAUCUUCCCUGGGGAUGUUCACAGAUCCCAGAGUUGAGCACCCUUGCUGGGUAGGCCUGUUUUUAGUAGCUCCAGUCCAUUCUCCAUUCUGGAAAGUCCUUGCUGCAAAGCUGGUGGGAACUCUAGGGUAUCAGAACUGUGCUGCUUGCAUAACUGCCCCUCCUCCACGUAACCAAGACCAGAAGCUCUAACUCUUCCCAGCUCUGCCUGGAGACUAGGCAAAUUGGGGCAUUAAAAGCUCAGCUCCUAUA